UCUCAACGAGAGUACCUGAACAUGUCUGGAAGAGGUAAGACCGGAGGAAAAGCGAGAGCCAAGGCUAAGACCAGGUCAUCCCGUGCCGGGCUCCAGUUCCCAGUAGGCCGUGUCCACAGACUUCUUCGCAAGGGUAACUAUGCUCAUCGAGUCGGUGCCGGAGCUCCAGUCUACCUGGCUGCCGUGCUUGAGUAUCUGACCGCUGAGAUCCUGGAGUUGGCCGGGAACGCCGCCCGUGACAACAAGAAGACCCGCAUCAUCCCCCGCCAUCUGCAGCUGGCCGUGCGAAACGACGAAGAGCUCAACAAACUCCUCGGUGGCGUGACCAUCGCUCAGGGCGGUGUGCUGCCUAACAUCCAGGCCGUCCUUCUGCCCAAGAAGACCGAGAAGCCCGCCAAGAAGUAAACUGAAAACCCAUCUACAAUAACAAAAGGUUCUUUUAAGAGCCACUCAAAUCUACUAAGAGAUAUUCCGUCCAGAAGGUCAACUGAAAUAAUUAUCUCAAAUGAUUAGAAGCAGGAUGCCCAAUUCUGAUCUUCUUAAAAUCUUUACAUGGACCUUACUGUUUAUUAGGGUAGUUUCAUGCCCAUUUUUAUGCUAAACAUGAUGAAUGGCCUAGCAAUUAGUUGCUGCAAUGAGCGCUCAAAGUCUCACGUCUCCAGUAAAAGCAAGAGGUGUUAGAACACCGGUUGUAUAAGGGUAAUGUUUCAUGGGGUAAAGCUUCGCUAGGUAUUUAUUU